AUGACCAAUACUGAUAUCGCAAACUCAACCACUGUAUCUACAAAGCCUUCACUGAAUAGGUUGAGGGUAAGUAGAGGCGGAAAAAAGGUAGGUAGUGGACCACGUACAGGAUACAAGAAAAGAGAUGCUUCUGAUUCAUCGAGCCAUCAACUACAAGAGGAAAAUGACAUUCCAGAGUCUCAACAGUGCUUGAUUUGCGCUGAACGUAUAACCUAUGCAGCUUUGACACCAUGUAACCAUACCACUUGUCACAAGUGUACAUUUCGCCAGCGGGCCCUAUAUGAAAAGAAUAACUGUCUCAUCUGUCGAAGUGAAAAUGACAAAAUUAUAAUUACCGAGCAACUAGAUAAGGAGUACGACAAUAUAAAGGCGACAGAUAUAGUAGCAUUUGAUGAAAAAUAUCGCAUUGGAUUUACACAAGAAUAUGUUGAAAAGGAUACUCUUCGAUUGUUGGAAAAUGAAUGCAACAUAUGUCAUGAAAUAUUCCCCAAUUUCAAAGAAUUGGGCGAUCAUGCUAAAGAAUCACAUGGGAAAUACUAUUGCUUGAUUUGUUCCAAGCAUAAAAAGGCAUUCAAAGUUGAACUCCCACUUUACACGUACAAGCAACUACAAAAGCAUCAAUCACAAGGAGAUGAAACUGGAUUCAAAGGGCAUCCAGAAUGUAAACAUUGUCAAGGGAAACGAUUUUACUCGGAGGAUGAAUUGCAUGUGCAUAUUCGUGACCGUCAUGAGCGAUGCCACAUUUGUGAUCAAACUACUCCUAAGACUGCCGAUUAUUAUCGCAAUUAUGACGCAUUGUAUCAACAUUUUACAAGAGCCCAUUAUGUUUGUACAGUCCCAUCUUGUGUUGAAAAGCGUUUUGUGGUGUUUAGAGAUGACUUGGAUUUAACUGCUCAUAUGUUGAAAGAACAUGGUGGAUUGAGCAAUGGACAAAGGGUAGUUAUUGGCUCCAAUUCGUAUCAUCAUGGAGCUGGAGCUGGUGGCCAUUUCAGUCAAUUGUCUACAUUUAACAAUUCGCGUUGGCUUUCUACAAAUGAAGACCAAGAUGAAGAUCAGCAAUCGCCAGAGAUUAAAAAGAGACGUUUUGAAGAAAGAGCCAAGCAUUACUUGAAUUACAAUACUGCCAAAUAUCAAGAGUUCACCAAGGUUAACGACUUGUUUUCGAAAAAGAAGAUUAAUGCUAGUGAAUUGAUAAAGAUUUAUCAAAAGGAUUUGUUUAUUCACCAGUCGUUGGAAGAGUUGAAUUUCUUGAUUAAGGAAUUUCUCGAAUUUUUCCCCAAAUCAAGUGAUUUGCACAAGGAUUUAUUAACGAUUAUCAUUGAAGAAAAUGAGACAAAUCCAAUAGAGCAGUUCCCAGUAUUGGGAGGAUCAAAUGCUGCCAAUGCAUUCACAUCUAAUGGAUGGGCAGGUGGUGGAUCGAGUAGGAGUAGUGGUGCAUCUACGCCAGUUGAUCGGUUCCCACCAUUAAAGAAACCAGAAAAGGUCAAUUAUGUCAAUCCAAAUGAGCAACCAAUACGAUAUUCGACAAUUAUUAAAAAGAAUAAGCCAAAGACAAUGAGUAUUAACAAGUCACCCAGUAUAAUGUCACCAGCACCAUAUUUACCCAAUUACCUUGAUAGAGUCAACAAUACAAAGUCUGAUACAUCAUUGCCAGCAAUGGGAAGCGGAUCAAAGUCGUCGUCUACACAAUCUUUUAAACCACCUGCACUACACAAUGGUCGAGCUGCUGCUGCUGCUGCCCUUGAUGAUAACAAGUUUCCGGCGUUGGAAAAGAAAUCGACUAAGAAGGCGAUACCUCGUGUUAACGAGGUUAAAGUGAGUGAUCCUAGUGGUUGGGGCAAGAUAGAUAGUGGUGGCUCUGCUAAGGCGACUGCUAGGGAGGACGAUAGUGAAAUUGAAAUUGUAGACAAGAGGAAACAGAAGAUGAAGAAAAAACAGGACAGGCUCUUAUUUAGCAAUGCUUUUUAA